AUGGUUCAUCUUUGUACAACAGCUGUUGUUGAUGUCAAACACAACAUUACAACGUUUGCAGGUAAUGGAAAUCCAACGUUUAGUGGGGAUGGAGUUUCAGCCACGAGUAGUGGAAUGAAACCAUUUAACUGCCAAGUGCUACCUUCUGGAGAUGUAAUAUUUGCUGAUUUUGAUAAUCACAGAGUGAGGAAAAUUGAUUCGCAAACAGGCUUGAUGUCGACCAUUGCAGGAACUGGUUCAACUAAUUACAAUGGAGACAAUCAAUUGGCUACCUCUGCAAAUCUCAAUCAUCCAAUAGGAAUAUUUGUUUCAUUGUCUGGGAGUAUUUAUAUUGCUGAAUAUGGAAAUCACAGAAUACGAAAAAUUGAAACAAAUGGAUUAAUAUCCACUAUUGCGGGGACGGGUGUUGCUGGUUCGAGUGGAGAUUAUGGACCAGCUAUUUCAGCUCAAAUUAACUCCCCCAUCUGUGUUUAUGAGCAUUCGAAUGGAGAAGUGUAUCUAUGUGACUCUUUUAGCCAUAAAAUUCGAAAGAUUUUCACUAAUGGAACCAUUGUGACCAUUGCUGGCACAGGUAUUGGAGGAGCAUUAGGCGAUGGAGGACUCGCAACAGAUGCACAACUUUAUCAGCCAAGCCAAGUCUAUGUGAAUGCAAGUGGCGACAUUUUAAUCAUGGACCGACUGAACCACAGACUUCGCCACAUCGAUACUCAAGGAAUUAUUUCUACCAUUGCAGGAACCACACAGGGAUACAGUGGAGACAAUGGUUUGGCAACCAAUGCACAAUUAUCAAUUCCAACAGGAUUUUUCCUGGCGCCCAUUGGAGACAUUUUUAUUGCAGAUUACAGUAACGGGAGAAUUCGAAGAGUAGACUCACAGGGAAUCAUUUCAACGGUGGCUGGAAGCGGUUCUUCAGGUUUUUCUGGAGACGGUUCUUCUUCCUUGGAUGCCAUGCUGUAUGAUCCAAGUAGCGUUUUUGUGACAACGAGUGGAGAAAUCUAUUUUACUGAUUUCAACAACAAUAGAAUUAGGAAAUUGAACCCUUAUUGUGACAAUAAUGGAUACAUCUUUGACUCAAAUUCGAUGAAAUGUGUUCCAAUUUGCUAUGGGCAAACACUAAACAAUGCUUGUGGAGGACCACAACAAGGUUUAUGUAUUGCUCCAAAUCAAUGCCAAUGCACCAACAGUUAUACCGGACCAACCUGUUCCACUCCUAUUUGUUUUGGUAUUGAUGCCACCGACACUACACACGUGUGUAGUGGUAGAGGCACAUGUGUGAAUCCAAAUCAGUGUCAAUGUUCUCCUCAUUAUUACGGGAGCCAUUGUGAAGUGACAACUUGUUUUGGAAUAUUUAGUAAUAAUACUCAAAGUGUAUGCUCUUCACGAGGGACAUGUAUUGAUUAUAACACAUGUCAAUGCAAUCCAAACUACUUCUCCUCGCAAUGUGAAGUAAGCAAAUGCUUUGGAUUCUUUUCAAAUUCCUCAAAUGUUUGCUCUUCUCACGGAACAUGCCUGGACACGAAUUUGUGUAAAUGUGAUACCAAUUAUUUUGGAGAUCAAUGUGAAGCGACGACAUGCAAUGGAGUUUUUAGCAACACUUCAUUGGUAUGCUCAUAUAACAAUGGAACAUGCUCAUCUUUCAAUAAUUGUACCUGUCACUCUGGUUACACUGGAAACAAUUGUGAAAUACCUCUUUGUUUUGGAAUUCAAAGUGAUGCUCCAUCGCUCGUUUGCAGUGCACAUGGCUCAUGUGUGAGAAAAGAUACAUGUCAAUGUGUUGAAGAUUGGAGAGGCGCGAAUUGCUCCAUACCACUUUGCUUUAAAAUACCUGCUACGGAUUUUCAGGUUUGCUCUUCAAGAGGACCAUGUAUUUCAAACAAUACUUGUUUAUGUGAUGCAAUGAAAUACGAUGGUCAAGAAUGUCAGUUUUACAAAUGUUAUGGAAUAUCUUCGAAUAGUUCUAAUGUUUGCAGUGGUAAUGGCGAAUGCAUUAAUGUGGAUAAGUGCAAAUGUAAAUCAGGUUAUGGAGGUGACAAGUGUCAAUACUCAUCAUGCUAUGGAAUUUUAUCAAAUUUCACCUCUGAGGUAUGCAGUGGAGGAAGAGGUCGUUGCAAUUCUCUUGACAAUUGCACAUGCUAUUUCGGUUAUCAUGGAGAUGAAUGUCAAUUUACCAAAUGUGGUGGAAUUGACUCAAAUAGUAAUUUGACUUGUAACUUUGGAAACGGUACUUGUGUGGAUUAUAACACUUGUAAAUGUAAUUCACUUUAUUUUGGAAAUAAUUGCCAAUUUCCUUCUUGCUAUGGAUAUUUGUCCAACGAUUCAAAAGUGUGUAGAGGAAAAAGAGGAUCAUGCCUAUUACCUGACACUUGUCAAUGUAACCCACAUUAUUUCGGUAACCAAUGUGAAUUUACGACAUGUUUUGGAAUUAAUUCUGAAAACAACACUGUUUGCAAUGGAAAUGGAAUCUGCCUUGAUUUUAACACUUGCGAUUGCCACAAUGGAUGGACAGGUCCUGAGUGUAAAGAAACUUAUUGUUUUGGAAGACUCUCAAACUCGACUUUCGAAGUUUGUAGUGGACAUGGAAAUUGCACUGCUCACAAUCAAUGUGAAUGCAAUGACAAGUUUUAUGGUAAAGACUGUUCCAUUCAUUCGUGUUUUGGAAUUUCUGCAACAAAUUCCUCCGUGUGCAACGAAAACGGUCUUUGUGUUGCUUUAGAUAUUUGUUCAUGUUUGAAUGAUACCAUUCAUUACGACUGUUCUUUGUUAUUUUUGCGCAACGAAAGACUUGUGCUUGGAUUUUCAAGUGUACAAGCAUUUAUUGGAGAAACGGACAAUGUGACAUCUCAGUUAACCAUUUUGGAUUCAAGAUUUCUACGAUAUUAUGCUGGAAGAGACAUUAAAAUUGUUUGGGAAAUUGUGAUGGAUGGAAUCUCGCUAAUAUACAGGAUUGAGAAGUUCAUCGCGUUUUUGAGCAGCGCUUCCAAUAUGGCAAUUUCGACUUCUCUUCCCUCUGCCAUUGCUCAAACAGGAAAUGUGACGGCUUUUGCAUCCUUAUUUGACGUCAAAACUCAACUCGCCAUUUCAGAACGAAUAUCUUCAAGGCAGAAUUUGAGAGUAAUGAAUGUUCCUCCUCAAGAUCCAAAUGAGAGCUCCCUCAUUAUUGGAAUUGCAGUUGGUGUGGGUGCUCCUCUCUUUGCAGUGGGUUCCGCAGCAUUAAUUGUCACCUCUGUGGUGGCUGUUGUAUUGAAAAAGAAAGCUGUUGCGGCUGCAACGGCAAAGAAAAUUGACGUGGCGCGACAUGUGGAUGUCGAGAUUGAGCAAGGGUUUUGA